AAUAAAAGUUGUUCCGAAUAUGCACGAAUACUACACUACCGGGUGCCUGUUUGGGGAUAAAUAAGCGUGUGGUACGUGCGCUUGUUUUAGUCUGACCAUAUUCUUAGCUCAAGUUCGAUCAACAGAUCUUCACCUACCGUUAACAUCAUGCCGGAUUACAAGGUGUAUUACUUCAACGUGAAAGCUUUGGGCGAACCUCUGCGAUUCCUGCUGUCCUACGGAAAUCUACCGUUCGAUGAUGUGAGGAUCACCCGCGAAGAAUGGCCAGCACUCAAGCCAACAAUGCCGAUGGGUCAGAUGCCGGUGCUGGAGGUUGACGGCAAAAAAGUGCACCAAUCGGUCGCAAUGUCCCGCUAUUUGGCCAACCAGGUCGGUUUGGCCGGCGCUGACGAUUGGGAGAACUUGAUGAUUGACACCGUGGUCGACACGGUGAACGAUUUCCGUCUAAAGAUUGCCGUUGUCUCGUAUGAACCGGACGAUGAUAUCAAGGACAAGAAAUUGGUUACUUUGAACACCGAGGUCAUUCCAUUCUAUCUGGAGAAGCUGGACGACAUUGCACGCGAAAAUAAUGGAUACCUGGCAAAUUCUAAACUGAGUUGGGCCGACAUUUAUUUCACCGCAAUUUUGGACUAUUUGAACUACAUGACCAAGUCUGAUCUGGUCGCGAAUCAUCCGAAUCUGCAGAAAGUGGUUGACAACGUCACAUCGAUCGAAUCCAUUCGAAACUGGAUUGAUAAACGACCAAAGACUGAGAUCUCAAUGCCCAUGGGCCAGAUGCCGGUGUUGGAGGUCGAUGGUAAGCGUGUUCAUCAAUCGUUGGCCAUGUGUCGAUAUGUAGCCAAGCAGAUCAAUUUGGCCGGCGAUAAUCCGCUAGAGGCACUGCAAAUCGAUGCAAUUGUUGAUACGAUCAAUGACUUCCGUCUAAAAAUUGCAAUUGUUGCCUACGAGCCGGACGAUAUGGUGAAGGAGAAGAAAAUGAUCACCCUGAACAACGAAGUGAUUCCGUUCUAUCUGACUAAGCUGAACGUGAUUGCUAAGGAGAACAACGGCCACCUGGUGCUUGGCAAGCCGACCUGGGCUGAUGUUUAUUUUGCUGGCAUCUUAGACUAUUUGAACUACCUGACCAAGACCAAUCUGCUUGAGAAUUUCCCGAACUUGCAGGAUGUGGUCAAUAAGGUGCUUGACAAUGAAAAUAUUAAGGCUUACAUUGCCAAGAGACCUAUCACCGAGGUAUAGGUGGAAUCAUAGAGCGUUUUUACUUGCAGAGUAAUAUUCUUUUUGUUUUAAUGCAAUCAUUUGAACUUGAUUUGAUUUUAAUUUUGUUCUUUGGUGAACCGAUCGCUGGUUCCAUUUGUUUCGACAACAAACAAUAAUUUACUCAUUGGUUUCAAGCGUUAUGCACUCGUUAAGGCAUCUUUAAUAACUUUCGCGUGCGUUUUGCAUAGCGUAUCAGUUUCUACUCCGAAGGAUAAGCUUUUUAAUCUUGAAUAAACGGUCAUUUAUUCGCGAUUUCAUUUCAUGCAUAUGUUCACACAAAACAUCAUAAGUCGUAAUAACUGUGUUUCUAGCAUACACGCCUAAGCUAAGCUUGAUUAUGGAUAAGUAUGACAAUAAAUGGCUAUUCAGAAGGUCGAGAUGACAAA